UGGAAGUUUAGUGUCGCGCAGUCGAUUUCGGUGUUUUGUUCCCGAGGAUAUUUAGCAGCCAAGUGCAGUUUAUUGUGUAAUGAAGCCACCUGUGUUUCAAUUUGACAGACAUAAAUAGUUGAAAACCGACAAUGGCCAACAGGGGUCCGGCGGACAGUAGGAUCCCAGUGUUCUGCAGCAACCCCAAGCCUCUAGCCCGCCUGUCUCGCCCGCUGGCCAACCUCAGCAACAAAUUCCGCGCUCAUCUCUCUUCAGACUCCACCUCAAAACAUCGCCAACUCUUCGGAAUACUAGGAAGUGGCAGCGGCAAACCCUCCAAGUCCAAGACAUUCCUUCAACCGACUAGUCAGUCGUGCCCCUCAGAACGACCUGCCAGACCUACGCGCUUCUUCGAAUCUUCCGAUCAACCUAGAGAGUCCCUCAGUCUGACUGAAGUGAGCAAACUAGAGCCCAGGAUAUCCCAGUUGCACUUAGGCAGGCGAGUAUGUGUAGCUGGGAACAAAGUCGGAAUCUUGAGAUAUCUCGGGAAGACCGAAUCCGACCCUGGAAUAUGGUGCGGGGUCGAGUUUGACGCUCCUAUCGGUCUCAAUGACGGAUCGAUAAGAGGUAUUAGAUACUUCACUUGUCCUCCUCUACAUGGCGUUCUGAUACCCGCGAGCAAAGUGGCUCUCGUGCAAGAGGAGUUGAAAGAGUUUGUUAGUGAAGUUUCAGACUCAGGGCCUCAUAGUCUACUAGGUGUUACUCAAAAGAGGCACUCGAUGGGUGAGGAUUGGCUGCAAGACGAGGCGACUCCGCCCGCCGGCAAGAGAAUCGGAAGUGUCAAAUCUGUCAGUCAAGCGUCUACUCCCACACCUAGUAGCACAAACAGCAACGGUGCUCUCAUCUGGGACUGGACCAUCGGGUCACAACACUCCUCCUCUGCCGGGUCUCUGGUCCCUUCAGCGUCAGCACGUGGUCCUAGCUCCGUUCACGACCUCAGCCACGUAUCGCUACAACUCAGCAAACACAGCAGCUUUGAAUUCGAUGAUAGUCUGGGGAUCCUCACGCCCGACCAAAUGGCGGACUUCACGAUCAACUCGACUCUUCCUCGCACACCUUCCACAGAGGAAGUUCCCUUUCUCAUCCAAGACUUGGAUUAUGACAAGGAAAACGACUCUCGCAGAAGGGGGUCCAAGCGAUCUUCUCUCGAGAUGCAGUGUGAAGAAGCAUCCGUCUCGAAAAACGCUCUACCCCAUCCUGAAAAUAUUACGUUAACGAAAAGAGAUGGGAGCCUUGAAGAGAAAAAGUAUACAAAUGAAAUAGUCAUGAAGGAACCAGAAGAUGCCAGGGACGUCCCGAUAAAAGACGAGUCGAUGGAGCACGAAAUCGGGAAAGACUUAUCCGAAGAUACGGAAAUGAGUGAUAGCAACCCUUCGAAGAAGACUUCAGCUAUGUCCGUUUCGUACGAACCGGGGUCUGAAACAGUAAGUAACAGUGAAAACAUGGAUUUUAUCAGAAUCAAUCGAACUCCUUCUUUAGAAGAUUUGCCAAUGGAUAAAGUUGACGGGAAGAUAGAAGCUAUGGCGGGUCCCUCGAAGAACGUCCUCCCGCCCCCGACGAGCUUCGUGACUUCAGUUACGAGUAUCGCUAGUCUGGACAACGGGUACCAAGGCGACGGAGAAUGGAGUCGACCGGCCAGCAGAGGGGCCGACCACUCGCCUUUGGCCAACAAGGUGAAGACCAUGGACCCCAUGACCGACUCGGACUUCUUCACAGAGAGUGAUGCAGACAUGCACGACGACGCUGUCGGCCAAGCGGGCUCAGGCACUGGCAGAGGAGAUCGUAGAGCACAAGUUAUAGAUGGAACCCUCUACGGCGGAGUGUCAGGAGGCGCACAAAACCCUGGAGGCCCGACCUUCAUGCCGAGCCAAGGGAACCACCGUUGUCCUGUGUUCACUCCCAACAACGAAGAAAUGGACUCUAGUGGUAUUUACUCGGACCUCGAGAGGAAACUCGAAGAUCCCAAUUCCGAUGGUGGAAAAUCCCUUCCAGACGAAAACAUCGACGAUGCGAACGAAAACGAGAAAGAUCUUUCUCCGGAAGGGUCGACCAGAACAGGAUCAUCGAUACGCUCCGACAUGAGUCAAACUAUAAUCACAUCUUCCACCUUUACCAACUUACUGGACCAAAUGAAUACAGUCAGGAACCUAGCGGACCUGGCAUUAGAGAGCAACGAGCAAGUGGAUGAAUGCAUGGAGGAAGAACUUUUCCUCAACGUCAGCUCUACAACAGACAUCACUGACGUGCUCUCAGAGAAAUCUGUGGUUGAGGUCAAAGAUGCGUCGAAAAAGAGGGAAGAUCUGGGGGUGAAAAAGUAUAAGAUGCCCAAAAGAAACGUCGUGUCCAAAAUUAAAACCAUGAUCACUUCCAAUCCCACGAAGAAAGAAGUGGACGAUGAAAAUCAGGAGAAUAGGAGACCAAAUAGGACGGUGAGGAAGAACGGGAAGUGGGAUGCAGUGAUGAAUAAGAUCGCUCAGGGGAAAGAGGAGGAGAAGACGAAACCAAGUAGGCUGAAGGAGGUGAAGAGUAAAGUGUUUGCGGGUAUAUCGGUGGGCCCCGCGGCCCCGGCCCCCGUAGUGACGACCAGGGCCCCCGGGCCCCAACAGCCCUCGAGGAAGCUGAGCACCAGGAGUCUGUCCAACGCCCAGUCUGUGUCCACCCGCUCCCUCAGAGACGUGUCCUCGCUCAAGUCAAAGAGUCGCAGGUCCCGCACCCGUGGGUCGGAGUGUUCACUGCCUCCAGGACAGACUCAGUCGCAGAACAGCUCCAGGAACAGCUCGCUCAGUGACGUCAGUCUCACUAAAGUCUCACCUCAGAGUCACAGAAGCACCAAGAAGCGAGAUGGUGUCAGGUCCGCAUCCCCUCAGAGCGACGUCGCCGCCCCCAACUGCCGCCCUCACACACAGACGCUGCCCCCGAGGCUGCUGCCCUCACGCCCCGCUGUCCGCACUCUCCAGAAGAUCGCAGAGGGUCGAGCCGUGGGUCACGGGUUCGAGUACUCCCUCACCAGACACAUUGAAAAGACCGUGGUCCCAGUGGGGGUGGCUGAAUUGAAGGGGUCGCCCGUCCGCAAGCCCGCCCAGCGACGCCCAGUAACCGCCCAAGGCGCCAAACCCGCACCUCUCAGGGAUGUCAACCGUGUGGCUUGCAAUGCUGUCGCGGCUGUUGGCAAGGUGGAGGUGCCUCGACCGGUGUCGCAGCCGUUGCCCUCUGUACGGCUGGAUGUUGCCACUAAGGAGCUGCGCCACGCUGCGCAGGGAGUCCAGGCAUUGGGCGUCCUACUUAACUACCUCGUCUACGACCUUGAUGCAUUUUCAAAUCCUCAACUGAAAAAGGACUUGGGCAAAAUGAGAGAAGAUUGGCUGAACACUAAACUCCAAAUGGAGGAGUUCCAAGCGAGUUAUCGUCGGUCGGAGGAAGAGAAGAAGGACGUUUUGUUGCGGCUGGAAGAAACUCAAUCCCUACUCAGCUCACAAGCAGACAGCCACAAGGAACAGGUGCAACAACUGCAAAAGAUCCAUGAUGAGAGAGUUGAAGAACUGGAGAGGAGGCUAAGCAGUAAGGUGGAGAAUUUGCAGCAACAGCACGCUUUGGAGUUGGAACAUCUGAAGAAAGAACACGCGUUGGAAGUUGAGAAGCUACAGACAGAGGCAGCUCAGCGGCUCACGGAGACAGAAAAACAGCUGACUGAGCGGAUAACAGCUGUUACUUCGGACUACGAACAUAUCAAACUGCAGAGCAAGUCACUGCUGGAGUCCAUGCAUUCUGACAAAGACGCCAAGCUGCAGGCAACAGCAGGUCGCUGCAGAAUGUUGGAAGACGAGGUGGCAAGUUUACGUGCAGUGUUGGAAUUGCGCAGCACAGAACUACAAGAUCUGCGCCGCAGCAGUGAGGUAGCACAUAGAGACGCAUCACAACUGCCACAUGCACAGCAACGCAUCACCGCUCUGCAAGCUCGCGUAGAGGACCUGGAAGUGCAGCUGGAGAGGAAGACAGCUGUGGAACAAUCGCUAGCGGCUGAAAAGGCUGCUAUGGAGCAGAAAGUACAGCAAGAGGAUAACAAGAACAAGCGGCUGUCUCAGUACAACGAGGAACUCAUGUGGAAACUCAAACACAGCUCCGAGGUUGUCAGUGCACUAGCUGCACUCUCGCAGGCGGACCUGUCUGGGUCGAAGAAUGUUCAUUUACUGCCAGUGUCACCACACUCCAAUUUCACAACCCCUAAACACUGCCAGCAAGAAUCUCAUUACAGAAAUGGAGUCAAGGGAAGCACCAGCAAUGACGAUUCCCCACCGCAGUCUCCCAAGGUGAAAGGGGUCGUAGAGAAGAGUGACUCUGUGUCAUGGGUGUUGGAUCUAGGAUUGGACGAGAGCCCCAACAACAUUGCGACACGUCUGGUGCGCAGAGCUCACAGCAUGAGAGCGGUACAGUCGGCCACUCCUUCCCCUGCUCACCACUCGCGCACCCUACCCAAUCCUCACAAGCGGCAGCGUAGUCGGACAACCACCUGCGUAUCCGGCUCACACAAGCCCCAGCGCACAAGGUCCUUCUCCUUCGACUCUGACUCGUCUGAAGUGUCUGUGCCGAGAAAGUUGGCUGCAGAUUGGGACGGAGAGUUCUCCCCCGGGAGAGAUAGUACGAGCCCACCGUCUCGCACAGGCAGUCAACUAGACGACAUUGAAGAUCUAAUCGUCGUGGAAACUAUCGGUGAAGACAGACUCAGUUUUUUAGACCUGGAACGUCACAUAAAUAGAGAGAAAAUGGAAGUGAUGGGCGGAGAAGAUUUUGCUUCCCCUAAACUAUCUUCUUCCAGCGGUGGAUCAGAAGCGUCCGUUCACACUAGACGAAACGAACAGAAAGUCAUAGAGAAUGAAGAGAUCCUCAUGAUAAACAGAGUGGACGGACUCGUGUCUUCCCUGCCCAAGGAAUCUGCUGGGGAAGCGAUGAUAUCGGAAGAAGCGUCAGACAACGACUCCGGGACCCGAGAUUCGGACGAGGAGGUCCAGAAGUACUGUUCCGAUGAUGAUAGCUUAUCGGGGAGCGCCUCUGAACUGAUUGAGAGAAGGAGGAAAUAUUUUGAGCACAAAAUCAAAGACUUGAAACAUCAAAAUUUGACUGUAAAAAAGGUGAAUGACCUCAUGCCUGGUUCCAAUUCUGGCAGUGUCUCAGCUGCUACCACCGCAAUGGAUCUCAGUUGGUCGGAAGAUAUUGAUUUACUCCCUUCCGAAUCGGAAGGUUAGCCGGUCUUGUGCCAAAUGGAAAUAUACUUGAAUCAAAAGGACUUAUGAAACAUAGCUUGACUUGCAUAUUACCAUCGCAGAUUGCUUGCAAAAUUUUAUAUACAAAUUUUACCGUGGGCAACCUAGCAAUUGAUAAAAACUUAAAAAGCUUUAAUUAUGCUGCUAUGGGAUCAACCGAUUUCUAUAUUUUCUGUGGCUUAUCUUUGUCUAAAAUAAGAAAAACCUAAUUUUAAAUUUAAUACAACUUUUAAACUCAUAUUUAUGAAGAAGAGAGUGGAAAGUUAGGUUUUAUUUUUUUAGGCUGGAUUCAAGUUUAGGUGAAGGGUCGUCUUGUUUAUUUGUGUAAAUGUGAAUUUGUAAAUUAAUAGAAAUGUUGUGUACUAUGGAAAGUCUAAACAAUGUGGGAAGUUGAUUCUUAAAUUUGUCUAAUGAGUUUGUACAAAGACUUGCACAUUUAUGGGUUAAGGGAAAAUCUUGUAUCUUGUGUUUUAAUAAAGUUUUACCAAGGAUAAAUGUGUAGGGAUGCGUUUUGAGACAUUGGUAAUACUUUAAUUUCAUUUCCAAGUUACUGUAUAAUAUAGAAAUUCAGUAUUACUUUAGGCACAUAAGUUGCUAGUCAUAGACUUUGUAUUUAUUUAUUAUGGAUUUCAUUUGUUGUGGUUGUGAAUGAUGCUGUUUUGUAUAGUGUUUAAUUUUUGUGUACUAUAUUGUUAAAUUUAGUUGUAAUUAGAUUCUUGUCUCAUAUUGUAAAGGAAAAUUUAAAAUUUUUAGUAUUUUACAGCUGUUUAAAUACUUUUAUCGUUCAUAUUGUAACACUUUCUAGACUAUACAUGAAUGUUUUUAUGACUUUUAUUGCUGCAGCCAUUUAAUUUUACAGUACAAAAUCAUUAGACACAAAUUAUCGUGUUUGAUUAUGUAUUUAAAGAUUUUAAACCGAUUUCAAGUAUUAUUUGCUGUCUUUAUGUACUACUAUAAUAAAGUUAGACCAUAUUUAUGAAAACCAAAUUUGUUUCUAUUCUUUCCAAACAUUAUUAAGAUUUAAGACCAACAUAAAAAUUUUGAGUUCACUAAAUCAUAAAGCUUGGCCAUGAUAUACUUACUUGAUACUUGAACUAAAAAAGGUAUACUUAAGACACAAUCC